AUGAGGGUGGGAACAUCAUCUCGAUUUCGUCAAUUUCACUACCAUUUAUAAAUGCUUUGAUAUAUCCACGUGAUUUCAAUUCGUUCUGUCAAGAGAGUGAUCUGAAUAGUUACAUUCAUAUGGUUGAUAUGUUGAUUCAAGGAACUUUCAAUUGUUUGCAAAUGGACAGGUCUCAAUGGUUGUUCAUGGCAAGAAAUUUUAUUAAAUCACAAGAGGAUUUAUCAAGACCAAGUUGGAUGUGUUGGGUUAACAAACAUCUCUUAAUUCAUGGAGAGGAAUUACCCGAAAAUAUCGAUUGGGAAGUUGGAAUACAACGUAUAUUUGAUAAAAUUCAUUGGAAAGAUAUUUACUACUCUCAAUUACCUUUUAAAUUCAUUUACAUUUCGAGAGGUUCGAAAUUAAGAUGGUACGCGUUUGACCCUUUAAGAAACAAAAUCACCAAAGUUACUCAAGAUUUUGACAUGGAUAAAACUUUGGAUCGAUUGCAAAUCAUUCGUACCGUGAUCAACAUUUACAGCGUUCUCGAUUCGAUUAAACGAAAUUGGUCAAAAUAUAUGAUUGACAAACCUACGUAUCCCUUAUAUCUCUCAUAUAAUCGUGACGGAAACACGACGAUAGAAUUCAUGGGUAACUUUGUAAGAAAGUCCUUGUUAACGCAAAGGAUUCAAAGGUUUGAUUUCGAAAAUUUAAGAGAACUUUAUUCGGGAACUUCUCAUAUUAAAAAUCUAGUUCAUUGUGUGGAUUUAGAAGGUAAACUCGCCCAUCCAACUUUAACUAGGGAUGGAAUUUGUUUGAUUUUUCUACAUCCUGUGGGUCAUUAUCAUUAUCCAAGGAGUGAAGUUGAGAUCAAAUCAGCGAUUAAAACGAUCCUACAAGUUCUCGGUGACAUGCAUCAAGCUAAUUGGACACACAGGGAUAUAUAUUGGGGGAAUAUUUUAAGGCAGGAUAAUGGAGAAUGGCUGGUAAUCGAUCUGGAAUUAGGUGGACCGAUUAACGAAAUAUUACAAAUUACCCUUUGGAAUCGUUGGCCCGAAGAAGCUGUAAUUGGCAAACCGUAUCUCGCGUGUUAUGAUAUUUACCAAGUUGGGAGACUUCUUGAAGAUUUGAAAGAUUCAUCACAAUGGUAUUACUAUUCAGAUCAAUUUAUUCACUUUAAAAAUUUUUUGCUUGAUGCUGCAAAGAACAACUUCACCGCAGAAAUGGCAUUACAGCAUGAAUGGUUAAAUGGAUAA